CGAGAUUCCGAAGGAAAUUUCGUUUCUACUCUUCGGCAUCCCACUAGGAAAACAACAAGGGUGAGAAACAAAGCCGCCGCCUCCAGUUGCGCGCCAGGCACUUCCUAGGUAGUGAUGGCUCUGCAGAGGAUCCAGUCUUGGCUUCUGCUCUUGGUGCUGACCCUGCUGGGGUUAGGGCUUGUGCAGCCCUCCUCUGGCCAAGAUCGAAUGUACCAGAGGUUCCUGAGACAGCAUGUCGCCCCCCAGGACACGGGUGGCGAUGACAGGUACUGCAACGUGAUGAUGCAGAGACGGAAGAUGACUACUCAUCAGUGCAAACGCUUCAACACCUUCAUCCACGAAGAUAUCUGGAACAUCCGUGGCAUCUGCAGCACCGCCAAUAUCCAGUGCAAGAACGGCAACAUGAACUGUCACGAGGGCGUGGUGAAGGUCACCGACUGCAGGGAGACAGGGGGCUCCAGGGCUCCCAACUGUAGAUACAGGGCCAGUGCCAGCACCAGGCGGGUGGUCAUCGCCUGUGAGGGUAACCCAGAGGUCCCGGUGCACUUUGACAGAUAGAUGUCAUCCCGCAGCUGCUGCUGCAGGUCACCAACCGGUGGUUGACCUCGGAGUCAGUGAGAGUAGCAAUGAGGCAUGUAUUGAAAGGCCUCAAGCUUUGUUCCCGUUGCCCAUGCCUUAGACCCAUAGAUACCCACUAUAACCCAUUGUAGUAAGUGCAGCACACCCAAGAGAGGAAGAAAACCUCCCCUUCCAGCUUGCUUCUCCCAGAGUCUAUCCUGAGGCAUGUAUGCAUGACAAGUAUUGAGAUAGUAUUUCCACUAUUACAAAGUACCUUUAUUUUGUUCACAUUGUUUCAUUUCAAUGCCCCUCACCACCGCCCUUGAUGCCAAUUCUGCUACUGUGUUCAGAAGUGUAGAGUUAAGGGAUUUGAAGACCGUGAGAACAGUGGAAGAUCUCAGACAAAAAUCAAACUGAACUGGCUACUCACACAGGGCUCUCCCUACUUCACUAUACAUGUGUCCUGCUAUUCCUAAAUGUCCUCCUUAGGGAAACCACUAAGAACUUGGGCAUAGCAUGCUGGCACAAUGAAAGAUGUGAGUUACUUGGUAUUAUUAUAGCUUGUGGCUAGUAAGGUUUUUAAAACGCUGUGUCAAAAAUGUAGUAGAUCACCAAGAGUUUUUUACCCCUCCCCUUAACUGAAAGACUUUCCGCAUGCGCAUCAUAAUAAAGAGCUGUCUGUUGGA